AAGUCUUGUUGUCGCGGUGAACGGGUGGCGAAGCGCGUGAACUUCAUGCGUCUGAAUCUUGUUUCUGCCUGUUGACGGUACCGAAAAGUACAUAUAAUUUUAACAACAAACAGAAGACGGACAAGAAAAAACGGUAUAUGAGAACGAAAGUGAAAGAGUAACCAGAACCAGAAAUCGAAAGUCCAAUUGGGAUCUUCACAUCACAACCGGAAAGGCAACAACAACCCGAGCUCCGAUUCGAAUCCGACAGAAUGGCCAAUUUUGACGAUACAUUGCAACGCGCCCGCCUCGCCUUUUCCAGUGGAAAGACCAGGAACGUCAACUUUCGACGCAAGCAGCUUGAGAAUCUGCUGCGUUGCUAUGAGGAGCACGAGAACGAGAUCAUCAGCGCCUUGGAGGCGGAUCUGCGGCGUCCAAAGCAGGAGAGUCUCAUCGUGGAGACCGAGUUUAUGAAGAACGACAUCAAGCACAUCCUAUUCCACCUCGACGAGUGGGUGCAGUCGGAAAAGCCCUCCAAGUCGUUUGUGAACCUAAUGGACGACGUCCAGAUCUACAAUGACCCCUUCGGAGUUGUCCUUGUGAUUGGCGCCUGGAAUUACCCACUGCAGCUGCUGCUCGUGCCCGUGGCUUCCGCCAUCGCCGCCGGAAACUGUGUGGUGAUCAAGCCCAGCGAGAUUGCUGCUAACUGCGCCAAGUUCAUUGCCGAUGUCAUUCCAAAAUAUUUGGAUAAUGAUUGCUAUCCAGUUGUCUGCGGUGGCCCCAGCGAAACCGCGGAGCUGCUCAACCAGCGUUUCGACUACAUCUUCUACACGGGCUCCACGCGCGUAGGCAAGAUCAUCCACGCUGCGGCCAACAAGCACUUGACCCCCACCACCUUGGAGCUGGGUGGCAAAAGCCCCUGCUACAUUGACAAAUCGGUGGAGCUGCGCACAGCGGUCAAGCGCAUCCUGUGGGGCAAGCUGAUUAACUGUGGACAGACUUGCAUCGCUCCGGACUACAUCCUCUGCUCCAAGGAGGUGCAAGAGAAGUUUAUCGCGGAGGCCAAGGACGUGCUGAAGGAAUGGUACGGCGAAAAUAUCCAAAGCAGUCCCGAUCUAAGCCGUGUGAUCAACGCCAACAACUUCCAGCGCCUUCUUGGCCUGAUGAAGUCCGGCCGCGUGGCCGUUGGUGGUAACUACGAUGCCAGCGAGCGUUACAUCGACCCCACCAUCUUGGUGGACGUGAAGGAGAGCGAUCCCAUCAUGGAGGAGGAGAUCUUCGGUCCUAUCUUGCCCAUCUUCAACGUGGAGAGUGCCUACGACGCCAUCAAGUUCAUCAAUGCCAGAGAAAAGCCACUUGUAAUUUACGUGUUCUCCAACUCGAAUAAGCUAGUUAAGGAGUUCAGGAGCAACACCACUAGCGGCGGAUUCUGCAGCAACGAAACUAUAAUGCACUGUGGAGUUGAUGUGCUGCCUUUCGGAGGCGUUGGCAUGAGUGGAAUGGGCAGCUAUCACGGAAAAUAUGGCUUCGAGACCUUCACACACAAGAAAUCUUGCCUGGGCAAGAAUUUAUCCGCGUUUGGCGAGAAGUUGGCAUCAGCUCGGUACCCACCGUACUCGGACCGCAAGGGAUCACUGCUCUCCUUCCUGCUGCGCAAGCGCCGUCCGCUGCCCAACCUGCAUCUGAGCCACGUGCUGGCCAUCGGACUGGGAGUCGGAUUGACGGUGUUGGCCAACUACUACCUACAGGUAAGGAAGGGCAAGUUGCUGUCGAAGUAAAAACUAUAAUGGAAGACGAAGCUUUGUGAGCCUGCGCCUGAGGACCUCAACCAUUUAUUAUUGAAAUAGUGUGGAAUAAAUGUUUAGGCGUAGCACAAGAUGCUUGGGCAUGCACUUUACUAACUUCA